AUGUCUAGUGUCUGCAAAAAAUGCAACAUCAACUUAGUCGAACAACAAUACACACAAUUGAAAAUGUGUGAAGACUGCCUCAAGAAGCUUAGUGAUGAUGUACCAGCUGUCGCUAACAAGAACAGUCAACUCUCAAGUGCUUCUGGAAAUCAUGCAUUUAAUAAUCACAUAUCAGUAGCAGACAAGAAGAAGGAAUCGCAGGCACUUCGAAACCGCUUUGCUGCAGUGAAAUCACAGGAACGUCAAGGCCUCUCACGUCUGAAUCAAUCAGCCUCAUCUUUGUCUUCUUCUUCGAACCAACCAACCACAUCAGCCACUCAAUCAUCAUACACUUUCACUGCUAAGCUCGCAAUGUAUCACCAUGGCCGUAUCAGCCGAACGUUCUUUCCUCAUCAUGCAGCAAACAUCAAACUUUUAAUCACUGAAGAGGAAACUGAUCAUCUUCUCUGGAUCAAAGCUUGCCGUGGAAUUUUUGAGCAGUUUUCUAGUUAA